AUGACUGCAUCACAAUUAAACAAGGAACUCUACAGCAAUAUAACUCGACUAAAAUUGUUAAAUGCAACUACUUCAGAUCCUAAGUUUGUACUUGAGAAGUCACCAUUUUCAGAUAAUGGUGAAGAAACAGCAGGGGCUGCUGCUUCAAGCAAACCAGAUAUCCUAGUUAUUGGACGAAUUUUUCCAGAAUCAGAAAUAUUUAGAGAAGGAUCAUUUCAAAUUGAAAUGAAAUUAACACCAAAUUUUCCAUUUGAUCCACCAGAAGUACGUUUUCUUAAUAAAAUUUAUCAUCCAAAUGUUGCAGAAGAUGGUAAGAAAAAAAUUGAACUUGAUUUAUAUGAAGUUUUUCUUUUAGGUAAAUUUUGUCAUGAACUAUUAAAGAAACAUGCUAAAUGGUCAAAUAAAAUAUCUUUAGUUGAGGUUGUUAAAGCUGUUGUACAACAUAUCGACAAACCUGAUAUUGAUUAUUCACUUAGUCUUCAGCUUGGCCGUGAAUAUAUGGAAAAUCGUCCUGAAUUUAAUCGUAAAGCUUUGGAAUUUGUCAAAAAGUAUGCACUAUCACACAACUGA